AUGCAGGCCUUUGGGCCCAAAGGAUCCUGCUCCUCCUCCACUGCCGCUGCCAUCCCUACUGGGAGCCAAACCCGUGAGGACUUCAGCAGCCAAGAAGAACAGAGACUUCUCACCUGUGAGGACCUGGCAGAUCCUGCUGCCUUGCUCAGAGAAGCGCUAGAUGAGAAAAUGGCCGGCUUGGUGCACCUCCUGGUGCACAAGUAUCAAGUGAAGGAGCAGCUGCUCGUCGGCAUUGUCGUGAAGGAAGUGGAACCUUCUGAGCACUCCCAUGUCCUCAUCACCAUCCUGGGCCCCACCUACAAUGGGAUGCUGAGCGACAAGCAGACCAGGCCCAACACCAGCCUUCUGGUCAUCGCCCUGGUCAUGGUCUUCCUGGAGGGCAACCGGGCCACAGGGGAGCAGGUCUGGGAAGUACUGCGUGUGAUGGGGGCGUAUGCUGGGAGGGAGCACUUCAUCUUUGGAGCGCCCAGGAGGCUCACCACCGGAGGGUGGGUGUGGGAAAAGUUCCUGGUGUGCAGGCCGGUGGCCGUCACUGGUCCUACCCGCCACGAGUUCCUGCGUGGCCCAAAGGUCCACGUUGAAACCAGCAAGAUAAAAGUCCUGGAGUACGUGAACAAGAUCCAUGGGAGUGAUCCCAGGACCUUCCCAUCCCAGUAUAAAGAGGCUUUGCGAGACGAGCAAGAUAGAGCCCGAGCGAGAACUCCCUGGAAGUGCCUGUCAGAGUGCUGGGAUGUGAUAUGGACCACUGACUCAGCCUCCCUGGCCUUGUCGAGAGGGCUGCGCUUCACGUGA